GGCUGGGAAGCGAGGGAGGGCGGGAACUGGCGGCGGAACCCGAGAGUAUUGGAACAGGAGUACCGUGCGGUAUCGCAACAGCAGCUAAGCACACAAAAAUGACAGCGAUGGCGCUCACGGUCUGCGGGAUGGACUAAGAACUGACCUUUGGGAUUAUAGUGGAGAGGAAGUGGGAGGGUGUGUUUUUUGUGUGUCUGUGUGUGUGAGCCGGCUACAACAGCUGCUUGAGGGGACAGGUAACUUAUUAACAGCAAGACAGGAGCAAAGGGCUCACUACACCUUGGCCCAAAACAGAAACCGAUAUUUAGAAAUUGGCAUCACUGUAGUCACUCUCACCUUGUGACUACCUGAGGGCCGAUACAAAACCUCCUUCCUUGUGCAUGCACACACUUGGACACUCGAGUGUGUCUCCGCAUGUCUAGUAAAGAAGGAAACGGACACAAGCAGCACGCGCCUGGGUCACAUGCAAACAAUCAGCAAUAAGCACUCGGCUGGCUCUGCUUAGGUAGUGCUGGUAAAAAGGAGGUGGUAGUCGCUCCGGCCGGCAACACGCUGAGAGCUGUAAAGAAUAAAGCAUGGACCCUCUGGAGGAAUACCGCUCUCCGUUUGACUUUGAACAAGGAGUCAACACCAGCUAUCUCUACCUCUCCCCAGCCUUAAGCGACACACCGCCCAGCUCGCCAGCUAUCAAAACCAGAGGUUCCCAGGGCCAUCCGGACUCGGCCCCAGAGGUGGGAGAGGAUGCAGUGACGUCUGUUGGCGCUGCGUCCUCAACAACGCCCGACUUGACAGAGGAAGAGCGUCAGGAGCUGCAGGAGGAGCUGGCUAAGGUCGAAGAUGAGAUCCAGACUCUGUCCCAGGUGCUGGCAUCCAAAGACAAGCAGCUGGCUGAAAUUAAGAGGAAGCUGGGCAUCACUCCUCUUAAUGAGCUGAAACAGAACAUCACCAAAACCUGGCAGGAGGUCACUACAUCCACUGCCUAUAGGAGGACUUCUGAAACUCUGUCUCAGGCGAGUCUGAAGGCUACAGCAGCUUUCACAAAUAUGGGCUCAGCCAUCACCCGGAAGCUCGAGGAUGUCAGCGUAAAGUCAUUGCAGCACUCGGCUAGCAUGCCCGUCAUGAGAAAUGCACCAACCUUCAGGUCGUUUGAGGAGAAAGUAGAGACUCUGAAGACCAAGAUGACCCCAUCACCAUCCACUAGUGAGACCGGCAUCCAGGACGGCGGUGAUUCUCCAACCGCUGAGGCUUCGCUCAAUCAGCCAGACAACUCGCCCUCCCAGGAGGAGCCGAUGCACUGAGAGGGCCUAACCACUCUUGA